AUCACACUUGGCUGAUUUUUUCAUAGAGAUGGGGUUUCAUCAUGUUGGCCAGGCUGGUCUUGAACUCCUGAUCUCAAGUAAUCUUUCCACCUUGGCCUCCCAAAGUGCUGGGAUUACAGGCAUGAGCCACCGCCUGUGGCAGCUUUUGUGGUUACAUUGUAGCCAUUAUUUGUGUUUGGUGCAGAUGGUUGGGGUGGGGUGGAGGUUGCUGUUGCUAGUUGUUUAGCUCUUCUGCUGAUCUUGAGCUUUUCCAUAUAUGUGUUCAUAGUGGGGUUACAAAAAUUCCUCUAGAAAAUACUUCAACUAUUGUGGGUAAGAGUUUUUUUAGUCCAGUUUUUAAAAAUACAUAAGCUGAGAAGUUAUUUUGUCUAUUUAAAUAAUACUUCAAAUUGAGUUUUAUUUGAUGUUUAAUAAGACUUUGAAAUUCACUCAUUUUUAGGGGUUCUAAGUGAAAAUUGUUUUUCUCCUUUCAGUUGCAUGCUGCCAUUAGUCACCAGGUUGACCCGGAAUUCCUUGGUUUAGGUCUGGGCAGCAUCCUCCUGAACAGCCUGAAGCAGACGGUGGUGACCCUGGCCAGCAGCACAGGCGUGCUGAGCACCGUGCAUUCAGCCUCCCAGGCCAUGCUGCAGAGUGGCUGGUCCGUGCUGCUGCCCACCACUGAGAAGCAGGCCCGGGCGCUCUCUGCUCUCCUGCCCUGCGCAGUUUCAGGCAAUGAAGUGAACAUAAGUCCAGGUCGUCGAUUCAUGAUUGAUCUUCUGGUGGGCAGCUUGAUGGCUGCUGGAGGGUUGGAGUCAGCCUUACAUGCAGCCAUUACUGCAGAGAUCCAGGAUAUUGAAGCCAAAAAAGAAGCACAGAAGGAAAAAGAAAUUGAUGAACAGGAAGCAAAUGCCUCAGCAUUUCAUAGAAACAGGACUCCAUUGGAUAAAGACCUUAUUAAUACGGGGAUCUGUGAGUCUUCUGGCAAACAGUGUUUGCCUCUGGUUCAGCUCAUACAACAGCGUCUUAGUCAAUGUGAAAGAAUGGUGAGCAUUGUUUUGGAAGGCCUGACUAGGAGGAGGUGGGAGAAGUCAGACUCAGCCUGUGAACAGAGACUAACUUUAGCAGAAGCCAAAACAGUCAGACAGUGUUGUCUAAAAAUGAUCAUUCAAGAAGAGUGAAAAAACAAGGUGAUUUGUGAAAGAGAUUUAUUAGAAAAUGAAACACAUAUGUACCUCUGUUUAAUAAAAAUCUGCUUUUUGUCA